GGGUAGGGUGUGUUAGUCAGUGCUUUCAUAAAAUACAUUUAAAAAAAAAAUUAAACCGAAAAUCCCUGCAAAAUAUAAGAAAAUAUCUUUAAAAUAACACCGCGCACCGUAUUUUAAAACAUUGUAACAAACUGCAUCUUCAACUAAAGCAAUAAAGUGUGUUUGUAAAAUCCUAACCUAUAAAGUGAAUAUUGGUAAAAGAAUGUUAAGGCUCGGUUAAUCCUUUAAGAAUUUGCAUGUUUUCUGUGAACAUAAUUUAUUAAGUGUGUUUUAAAAUAAUUUAUACGGGUUUAGUCUGUACUUAGAAUUAUUUAUUUUAAAAACUUGUGUUGAGUUUUAAUGAUUACGCUAUCUGGUGGUUUUGUGAAGUAAUAAAAAUAAACAAAAAGAAGACAACAUAAUCCGGAUGUCUAUGAUUUUACGAGAUAUUGGAUUAUGAACGUAUUAUAUAUUUUGAAUUAUGAAAUCCUCCUUCGGUCUAAGCCACCUACUGUUAUGAAAUAAGCUCGGAAAUAAGGACCAAAUGACGUGAAAUCUAAAGAGCCAGUGCCGCCAUGAAGCGGUCGUCGCUAUUGUUCGUGUCAUUGGCCUUGGUGUUGGCCACAGCAAAUUCAUUAGUGCAACCAAAAGAAAUAAUAAGAACUUUUUCGGAACCAAUGGCGCAAGCGUUUAACCACCUCGUGGUCGACAAAAACACGGGGAGGGUGUACAUAGGAGCGGUAAACCGACUGUACCAACUCUCUCCCGACUUAGAUUUGGUAAUAUCCGAGGAAACUGGGCCGAAGAUGGAUUCCGACGAUUGUUCUGUCCUCGAGUGUAACACCGCUAUAAACAAGAAGAUGACUGACAACGUUAAUAAGGCUUUGGUGAUAGAUUAUACGACCACGAGACUGAUAUCUUGCGGGAGUCUUUUUCAAGGAAUCUGUUCCGUCAGAAAUUUACACAACAUAUCCGAUGGAACUUUGGAAGUGCGGGAGGCUGUCGUCGCGAACAACGCUACUGCCUCUACCGUAGCAUUUAUUGCUCCUGGACCUCCAAAUCCCCCAGUAUCGCAAGUGAUGUACGUUGGCGUCACCUUUACUCUGGGUUCACCAUAUAGGUCCGAAGUACCGGCGGUUAGCAGUAGAUCUUUAGACAAAGACAAAAUGUUCGCCAUCGCUCAAACGGCCGUAACGACGGGCACCAGAAUGUUCGUGAACUCGUUAGCUAGAGAACGUUAUCCAAUUACGUACGUGUACGGUUUUGCAUCUGAGGGUUUUAGUUAUUUUCUAACGACGCAGAUGAAGCACACAACGUCGAGUCAGUACAUCAGCAAAUUGGUUAGAGUUUGUCAUGACGACGAAAAUUAUUAUUCUUACACCGAAAUACCCAUGGAUUGUAUCAGUGAGGCGCAAGGUGGUAGAAAAUAUAAUUUGGUCCAGGCCGCCUAUGUUGGUAAGGCGGGUUCAGAUCUGGCUUCCGAUUUGGGCAUAACGGCCCAAGAUGACGUUCUGUUUGCCGUGUUUAGUGAAAGUGAUCCUGUGAUAGCUAAUAAACCUUCCGAUCUCUCCGCGCUCUGUGUGUAUUCGCUCAAAGCGAUACGGAGGAAAUUUAUGCAGAACAUCAAGCAUUGCUUCAGUGGAAAGGGCCUACGUGGCCUGGAUUUUAUCUCUCCGAGCCAUCAGUGUGUAUCAACGAAACUGCAAACGAUCGGCGAGGAUUUUUGUGGUCUUGAUGUUAACACGCCGUUAGGUGGAGAACAACCUGUUGCUGCAGUUCCUGUAUUGCUGUUCAACAUCCGACUGACGGCAGUGGUUGCCACCUCAACAGGAGACUUCACGGUUGUUUUCAUUGGCACCUCCACGGGACAUCUGAAAAAGAUUGUUGUGGAAUCGUCUACCUCCGCUUUGGAAUAUGGAGAUUUAACUGUCGAAGAGGACUCGCCCGUAAAUCCAGAUUUGCACUUCGAUUCUCACUCGAUGCAUUUAUACAUAAUGACGGAAAAGAAGGUGUCUAAAGUUAAAGUACAGGAAUGUACUGUUUACAGAAAUUGCCUGGAAUGUUUAGGAGUGAAGGAUCCAUAUUGCGGGUGGUGCUCACUGGAGAACAAAUGUAGUUUACGAGCAGAUUGCCAAGAUGCCGCUAAAGAUCCCUUAUAUUGGAUUAGUUACAAAAGCGGAAGGUGUACAACAAUAACUUCGGUAAUUCCUAAUCAGUUACAAAGGACCACUGCAAGAACGUUGGAUCUCGUAAUCGACAAUUUGCCAACUCUACAAGGACAUUUUUUAUGUGCUUUUACGGCACUGGAUAAAACUUUAAUCACCAACGCCACGAGGAAGGGUUCAGGAGUGAAUUGCACCACGCCGAGGACCGACACUUUACCUUCUAUCCCGCCAGGACAGCAUCAUUUCACUGCCAAAUUAUCGGUAAGAAUGACGUCUGGACCGGAUUUCGUUGCGACAAAUUUCACUUUUUUCGAUUGCAACACAUACAGUUCUUGUACCCAAUGUGUCUCUUCCUCGUUUCCUUGCGACUGGUGUGUAGACGGACACAGAUGCACACACGAUACUGCAGAAAAUUGUAGGAACGAUAUUCUAGUGACUGGCGUUAGUAGGGCCGGACCCAGUUACAGAUCAGGUCCUGCUUUUUGUCCAACAAUUAACGCAACCGUGGGAAACUCACCAGAGAUACUAGUAGCGUCCGGAAUAAAGAAACCCAUCAGGGUUAAAGUUCACAUAAUAGGGCAAUUUAUCGUCCAGACUAGAUUCGUGUGCCAGUUUAACAUUGAAGGUCGCGUAACAAGUGUAAACGCUCAGCUGCUUGGUGAUACGAUUUAUUGUGAUGCUAUGGAAUUUUCAUAUACCUCCCGGGCCCCUAACAUUACAGCCACUUUUGCUGUGAUUUGGGGCGGUUCGAAACCAUUAGAUAACCCAGACAAUAUUCAUAUUGUGAUAUAUCGAUGUCGUGACAUGGCAGACAACUGUGGUAUUUGCUUAGCCUUAGCGGAGAAAUACGAUUGUGGAUGGUGUCAAAGUUCCGAUCGUUGUGAAGUACAGGAUCAAUGCGAGAAAGGUUCAGCCGUGUGGUUAAAUAGAAGUCAAACUUGUCCGAAUCCGGAAAUAACUUCCUUCAGUCCGGAAUUGGGACCGUGGGAAGGUGGUACGAAUAUUACAAUACAAGGAAUUAAUUUGGGGAAAAAUUUUCAAGAUAUUUAUUCCGGCAUAAGUAUAGCUGGAAUUAAUUGUCAACCGUACGAACACCUUUACAUUAAAACCAAGCAAAUCGUUUGUCAGGUCGACGGGCCUGGUACAAAAGAAUUUCGUCAGGGUCCCGUGACGGUUAAAGUCGAAGAUUACCGCGGGGAAUCUAAAACUCAUUACAGAUUUGUCAAUCCUAACAUAACUGGUAUUUCGCCCAGAUAUGGACCGAAAUCUGGAGGCACCAUGCUGCAAAUUACCGGGGAAUAUAUGAAUGCCGGAAGUAAUAUCCAGGCAUUUCUUGAUGAUCUUCCAUGCAGAAUACUCUCGACUGAUCAAAACCAAGCUUUAUGUAUAACAAGUGCAUCUGAAACAACCUCGAAAAGGGAGUUAAAAAUGAAAUUUGAUAAAGGUGAUAGAUUUUUGGAGAACAUAAAAUUUGAGUAUGUAGAAGAUCCAGUUAUUGAAUCGGCGGAGUCAGGUGUUGCGAGUCAAAUUAAAGUUCCUAAGGGUAUUCCAGCUGGUGGUAUAAAAAUAUCGGUAACAGGAAAAAAUUUAGCCUAUAUUCAGAAACCCCAGAUGUAUGUUUUUUAUGAAAAUAAAAUGUUUAUUAGUGAAUGUACUGUUCUCAGUAACACUAGUAUGAUAUGCAAUAGCCCUGUCAUUGAUGCUGCCGAAGAAGUUAACUUGGAUGCCGAUAAUCCGUUAAAAUUAGAGUAUGGGUUUAGGAUGGACAACGUAACAGGAGUACAGAAUUUAACACUCAACAAGGACUUCAAUCCUUUUCUUCUUUUCCCGAACCCCACAUUUAUACCGUUCGAAAAAGAAGUGAAAUAUUACAAAUCGGAUUAUCUUAAUAUUAACGGUCAGAACAUCGACCGGGCCUGUCAAGAGUCCGACGUUGAAGUAAGAAUUGGUAAAAGUUCUUGUAAUGUCACUUCUUUAUCGCGACAGCAGUUGACGUGCCGUCCGCCGGAAACACAACCUCAAGCCGUUAACGACCAAGGUUUACCCAAUGGGGAGGCUUUGCCCGAAGUUAUCGUAAUAGUAGGCGGUUCGUUGAGAUAUAAUAUCGGUGUACUCUCUUACUCUUCCCCGCAAGGACUUAAUGGUCCGAUUACGAAACCAACGUUGUACGGGAUAAUCGGUCUAGGAGUGGUUAUUUUUGUCGUUUUUAUAUUAUUCUUAAUUGCAUACCGGAGGAAAUCUACUGAGAGCAAUCGUGUUUUGAAAAAUAUGCAGGAGCAGAUGGAUAUAUUAGAACUUCGCGUGGCGGCUGAAUGUAAAGAAGCUUUCGCGGAACUUCAGACUGAGAUGACGGACCUUACUGGAGACUUAACUUCUGGUGGUAUUCCGUUCUUGGAUUACAGGACAUACGCUAUGAAAAUAUUGUUUCCGAACGUAGACGAUCAUAUUGUUUUGCAGUGGGAAAGACCCGAAUUGCUUUGCAAAGAAAAAGGGCUACGAUUAUUUGGUCAGUUGAUCAUGAACAAAACAUUUUUACUUCUCUUUAUUAGAACGUUAGAAAGCAAUAGGUAUUUUUCAAUGAGAGACAGAGUGAAUGUGGCCAGUCUAAUAAUGGUCACAUUACAAAGUAAAAUGGAAUAUUGUACGGAUAUUCUUAAAACUUUAUUAGCUGAAUUAAUAGAAAAAUGUAUGGAGAGUAAAAGUCACCCGAAGUUGCUCCUAAGAAGAACGGAAAGUGUUGCAGAAAAAAUGCUUAGCGCUUGGUUUACAUUCCUUCUGUACAAAUUCUUAAGGGAGUGUGCCGGCGAGCCACUAUUUAUGUUAUUUAGAGCCGUUAAGCAACAAGUUGAUAAAGGACCAGUGGACUCCAUUACAUCGGAGGCCAGAUAUUCUCUCAGCGAAGAAAAACUUAUAAGACAAUCAAUAGAUUUUAAGCCCAUGACUGUUUAUGUCUCUAUAUCUCAACAAACGAUUGUGGGAAGCUUGGACCACAACACAGAUAAUGUUCCUGUGAAAGUUUUAGAUUGUGAUACAAUUAGUCAAGUUAAAGAAAAAUCUUUGGAUACUAUCUAUAGAGCAACACCAUAUUCUCAAAGACCACGAAAAGAUGAUCUGGACCUCGAAUGGCGAACUGGCACAUCAGGUAGACUGAUUCUCUAUGAUGAAGAUAGUACCACGAAAAUAGAAGGAGACUGGAAGAGGCGAAAUACAUUACAACAUUAUAGAGUACCUGAUGGUGGAUGUCUCAACCUAGUGUCCAAACAAAGCUCCAUUUAUAAUUUAAGCAUUUUUUCAGAAAAAAACGAUAAAUCUCACAAGUACGAGACACUCAAUCUCAGUAAAUUUAGCUCGGUAAGCCCACCUUUAAGUCGAGCAACGAGCCCUUUGAAUCACGAACACGAACAGGGCUACAAAGUUUGGCAUCUUGUCAAACACCACGAUAAUGAUAAUCAAAAGGAGGGGGAGAGGGGUAAUAAAAUGGUUUCAGAAAUAUACUUAACGAGGCUGUUAGCUACGAAGGGUACUCUUCAAAAAUUUGUAGAUGAUUUAUUUGAGACUAUUUUUAGUACAGCUCAUAGAGGAUCAGCAUUACCGCUUGCCAUAAAGUACAUGUUUGAUUUUCUAGACGAUCAAGCGUUACAACAUGGGAUAUCUGAUCCUGAAGUGGUACACACGUGGAAGAGUAAUUCACUUCCGCUUAGAUUUUGGGUGAAUUUAAUUAAGAACCCAAAUUUUGUAUUUGACAUCCAUAAGUCAAAUAUUGUAGACUCUUGUUUAUCUGUGGUUGCUCAAACAUUUAUGGAUUCCUGUUCCACCUCUGAUCAUAGAUUAGGUAAAGAUUCACCAAGUUCAAAACUUUUAUACGCUAAAGAUAUUCCUUGCUACAAAGAAUGGGUAGAACGAUAUUAUUCAGAUAUUAAAAUGAUGCCGGCUAUUUCGGAUCAAGAUAUGAAUGCAAUGUUAGCUGAAGAUUCUAGAUUACACACCACCGAAUUUAAUACGAAUUGUGCUCUACAUGAAUUAUACACAUAUGCAAUGAAAUACAACGAGCAGUUAACAGUUACCUUAGAAGAGGAUGAAUUUUCACAGAAGCAGCGAUUGGCCUAUAAAUUAGAACAGGUCCACAACAUUAUGGCAGAACAAGGGCAGCCGUGAUACUGGCCUGACCUGACGUAUCCGUCAGCACCACCACUUUCACCCCUAAUUCCAUCAGCACCCCAGGAAUUGGCUUGCUGAUAAACAUUUUAUGCCAAAUAUACAUAUCCAUCAAACUAUUUCUUGUGUGUGUUAUGAAUUGCUGUUUUGCAACUAAUAAUUGUUCAGUGUAUAUGCGGGGCCGGUUCUCACUCAGUGACUUUAAAGUGCCUCUGGUAGAUUGAGUGAAGUGCUGUCUCCAUAAAUGAGUGUACUAUAUUUUUAUGACAACAGUUUUGAUUAUGCUUUGCCGUGCUGAGUUUCAGCCGUAGUCCAUAUUGUUGAUAUUCACAGAAAUAUCCAGUUUAAUAAUGCUUUUUUGAUAUAUGUAUAAUAAUUGUACCUUUAUACAGUUUAAUAUUUUUGUAUUUAGUUGAACGCAAUCAUGAUGAUUGUCUUCCCCAGUGAAGGAAGCGCCAGGGUGUAGUAUUUACUUGCGACCUUUCAAUCAAUGAAUGUCUCAGUUUCUACAUACUAUGCACGAGGUCGUAUCAAUGUGGUUUGUGUACGUGUAAUAAGGCUGUGUAUUUUUUUUAAACAAACCAGAAUUAUAAGUUGCCACGUUAAUAUUUCUUAGACGUAUUUACCAAUUUAUUUCUUCCUUAUUUGAGGUCGAACUAGAUUUACUUUUUCCAUGUUAUAUGUGCAAUUUUUGAGCCAUUAUUUAAAUGCACACGUAUUCACUGAAUGUUCCACUGGUUUUUAAUUAUUAUUAAAUAAAAUAAUCUAAUUCUUCAUUGAAAGAAUUUUUAAAUUCUUUAUUUUUGCUAAAUGAAUUGGUACAUCAAGUAAUUUCCACUUAUAUAGACUGUAAUGAAACGAAAACUAAUACUUCAAACUUUUUUUAACGAUAUUGAUGUAUUUGCGACAUAGGCUGUGUAUUUUUAGAUGAUAUGGCCCUUCCUAUUAACAAAAUGUCAUACUAUAUUUUGCAGAUAUGAUUCCUAAUAACAAAAAUCCAUAUAUUAUUUUAAUAUAUACAUGGUAUUCCAGAAAUAAGUAAGAGAAUAAAUUUUCAAUCGAAGCACUCUAUGAAGUUACAACUCAAUGAGGCAAAACAGAAUUUUAUUUUAUUUUAUUUCAUUUUCCUUGUCAAAAUCUUUCCAGUAUGUAAAUUUUUUUGAUCAUUGUUUUUAAAAUCUUCAAACUAUAAAACCUUUGACAAGAAAAGUGGAACGAAGACAAUACGGUAUUAAAGUAACGUUUGGUGAGGAUAAUACGUCACAGAAAAAAAAAAAUUGAAAAAUAAUUUUAUCCCUGACAUUGAUUUUCCUGUAACUUUGUAGAGUGCUUCGAUCUAAGAACUCCAACUUUUUAUUUUUUGCGAUCAUUUCUGGAACAGAACACCCUGUACGUGGUGUUACGCGAGGACGCAAACUUUGGGGGUAAAACCUAUAAAAUUAAGCUAAAAUGCUUAUAUAAACCUUGGUCCAGAAACAUAUACAAAUGGCUUUACAAAAUUUGAUACAAUAAUUUCUACAUGUAGUAUAUGCAAAACCAUACAAGCAAUUUAUUAUCAUUAUCAUUAUUAUUAUUAUUAUUAUUCGUAUACAUCGUUAGCAAAUUAUUCCCCACGAUUAAAAUAUAUUGAGAAAAAGAAUCGCAACAUCAUUGGAGAUUGAAUUGUUAAACGAACACUAGCGCCAUCUGUUAUAGCAUAAAUAGAUAAAAAACUAAAACUUUGAAGAUUAAGUUUAAUUUAAUUGCGUUUUUUAAAUAUUAAAAUAUAUUUUUUUAAUUCAAUAUGAAAGUCUAAUGGAAAAUAGUAUACAUUUGUGAACCCUGGUUUGUAUGAACUUUUUUUUUGUUUAUUUUCAAGGAAUAUCGCCUUCAAAUCCGCACUUUCUCACGGAACACCUGUGGGGUCUUUCUUAAAUAAGUGCAGAAUAAGUGCGUCUGGAACAUAAUCUACCAUACUCCAAGGGCAGCUUCCGUGGAUAAAAAUGUAACUAAGAUCAAGUUACCAUAGUUUGUUUUUUUAAAAAGUUAUGGGCCAAGAUUCCUCGGUUACUUUUCUACAUAUUUCAAAGAAAUUUGGUGUACCGAGAUUUUUUAAAUAGAACAUGAACAUAGAGAUUAUUAAGAAUACUCGGAAUAAUCUUAUUUUUCGGCAUAUUUUCUGUGUUGGUAAAGAUUUUGGGAAAAAUGCAGAUCUUUCGUUAUUUAUAUUUUGCAUUUAAAUUGUCUUCCAUUCCAAUUCAGUUAAAUGUCAUCCCUUUGUCAAAUUUUGUUUGUUUUUUUAUUACUAUUUAGAUCAAGUUAUAUCAUUGGUGCUAAUGAUUGAUGUAAGUUAAUUUUUAAUCAUACAAAAUAGUAUGGCUACAGAGUCACCGCAAAAAUCGCCCGUUUUUUUCACAAUUCGCAGAGAACUAAGGAAAGUAGAUAAAAAUAUGUUUUUGGUCUCAAA